ACUAGGCUCGAUAACUGUGGAUCAGAGGCAGACCGAGUGAUUGAGCAGGUGACUGCUCUGUUCAGAAUAGCAUGGAAUCUUGGCAUCCAGCUGGGAAACUGUGAAGACCAAGAACCGGAAGCUUGGGAUGCGGUAGUGCCUCAUGUACCUGGCAGUUGA